AUGGCCUUGAAACCCCUUCCGAGGCCUCUGUUGAGGCUCGCCGCUCCAGUCCAGCAAUGUCGUUUCUACUCCAGACCCUCAACUUCCAUAUUCCAAGCUUGCCCCGCAUCGCGUCCAGCUGGUCGCACCCUGUCACGAGCUACAAGACCAGUCUUCGUUGCGGGCCAAAGACGCUCCAUUUCUGCCAGCUUGCAGCGACGCUAUUCCGGUGUCGAGGAAAACGGUUUCGACCCAGCUACCGUCGAGCGUGAGUCCGACCAGGUCGACGUCUGCAUCGUGGGCGCCGGUCCAGCGGGAUUGAGUGCUGCCAUCCGGUUAAAGCAGCUAGCCAAUGAGGCCGGGAACGAAGAAUUUCGCGUGGUAGUCUUGGAAAAAGCUGGAGAAGUGGGCGCACAUAUUGUAUCGGGCAACGUGUUGGAACCGAGAGCUAUCAAUGAGUUGAUCCCGGAUUGGUUGAGCGAGGACAACGAGAAUCGAUUUACGGGGGCCACGGCUGCUGGGUUGGAUAAGAUGCGAUUCCUCACAAAAUCAGGUGCAAUUCCUAUACCGGCGCCGCCGCAGAUGCACAACAAGGGCAACUAUAUCAUUUCUCUGAGUCAGUUUACCAAGUGGUUGGGCGAGAGAGCUGAAGAGGUGGGCGUCGAAAUAUAUGCGGGCUUUGCGGGCGCCGAGAUCCUAUACAAUAAUGAAGGCGCAGUCAAGGGCGUUGCUACGAACGACCAGGGCGUGGGGAGGAACGGAAAAGCAAAAGCCAGUUUUGAGCGUGGUAUGGAGUUCCAUGCCAGAGUGACGCUCCUGGCGGAAGGGUGCCAUGGCAGCCUGACCAAACAAGUGUCCAAGAAGUUUGAUCUGAGGAGGGACUGCCAACCGCAAACCUAUGGACUUGGAUUGAAAGAGGUGUGGGAAGUCCAGCCAGACAAGUUUAAGAAGGGUGAAAUCUCGCAUACCAUGGGCUAUCCACUGUCCAAGAACACGUACGGUGGCGGAUGGAUGUACCACUUCGGGGACAACUUGGUAAGCCUGGGAUUGGUUGUUGGCCUCGAUUAUGCCAACCCCUGGAUAUCCCCCUACGGCGAGUUUCAGCGUCUGAAGCUUCAUCCGUUCUACAAGUCAGUUCUGGAUGGCGGCAAGUGCAUCGCGUACGGCGCACGCGCUCUCAAUGAAGGCGGCUUCCAAUCAAUACCGAAAUGUGCAUUUCCCGGAGGCGCCCUAAUCGGCGACACUGCCGGCUUCCUCAAUGUGCCCAAGAUCAAGGGCACGCACACGGCGAUGAAAUCUGGCAUGUUGGCUGCCGAAGCCGCGUAUCAAGCUCUCGCGCACAACAAAGAAACAAGCACCAUCUUCCUGUAUAACUACGAGGAUGCCCUGCGGGAGAGCUGGAUCUGGCCUGAACUCAAAGCUGUGCGGAACAUGCGACCAUCCUUCCACAACCCCCUUGGCAUCUAUGGUGGCAUCAUGUAUUCUGGCCUCGAGGCCUAUGUCUUCCGUGGCAUGAUGCCCUGGACUUUGAAGCACAAGCAGCCAGACUGGGCGGCCACGAAACCCGCAGACCAAUUUCCCAAGAUCGAGUAUCCGAAGCCUGACGGCGAAAUCACCUUUGAUAUCUUAACCAGCGUGUCACGAACAGGCACGAACCACGAGGAGGAUCAACCUGUACAUCUGCAGGUGAAGGACUGGGAUGCUCAUGCGCAGAAAGAGUGGCCGAAGUACAAAGGCGUCGAGAACCGGUUUUGUCCGGCCGGCGUCUAUGAGUAUGUGGAGGAUGACACCAAGGAUAUUGGAGUGCGGUUUCAGAUCAAUGCGCAGAACUGCAUCCAUUGCAAAACAUGCGAUAUCAAAGUCCCAGAUCAAGACAUCAAUUGGCAAACCCCGCAAGGUGGUGAAGGACCAAGCUAUAGCAUCACGUGA